ACAAAAUUCAAAAAACAAACUGUCAUUAACGAUCAGCAACCAGCAACAUCACCAUUCAAAUUUAAACAUUUUGAUGAUAAACAUUAAGUGUAUUAUUGUCUACGCACUUUUGAAACUUGUAUCUAUGUUUUUAACUUCUGUCCAUUAAUUCAGCUUUAUAGAUUAAACUAAUUACUCUCUUCUACCAAGAAUUCUGCUCAGCCCAUAACAAAGUAUAACAAUGUCCUCGUAUUUUGAUUAUUUUUGUACGCACAUAGAAAAAAAUUCGGAUACUAUUAGAGGAACUUGUAAUUCUAUGUGCCCAGAUGAAGAGGUUAUUUUAAGAGAAAGGGAGGAUUUAGUUCAUGUACUGGAGGUACUGGGACCAAUAAGAAAAUAUGUGAAAAGCUACAGUAGAUCAGCAGCUGACACCAACAUCGCAAAACCGAACCUGCUUAGACCAUAUUCUGUACUGAUUGAUACCUUGCAUUAUCUACUGCUUGAAGUAACAAAAAGGAAAGAAGUGUCCUCAGUGAUGGUUUAUGACUUUGUGAAUGACAGACUAAGGGCUAUAAGACAGGACAUGACAAUACAGAGAUUACCUCCUGAACAAUGUGUUAAAUUAUUGGAACCGAUGAUUCGUUUUUAUGUUUACUAUGGAUACAAAUUUUCCAAUCUUUCUACAAAAGGAUUUGAUUCUGACUUGAACAAAAAAUAUUUAUUAGAGUGCAUUAAAUGGUUUCUAAGUUGCAUUGACACAAUGGAUCUGUCCACUAACAGAAAUAUUGAUUUACUCUCUGAUUUUAUUUCAAAUUUAAACAUAAAAAAUGUAAGAAGAUACAGAUUGGGUUAUGACAGAGUUUUAAUGGAGUGUUUGUAUAUAUUGUGUAAUCUAGAUGAUGUCCACCCUUUAUAUAGAUAUUUGAAUUUUUCAAAGGAUUUGAAAAGUGACCCAAGAUUAAAUUUGGCAUUUAAAAUUGCGAUAGCAAAUAUGAAAGGAAAUUAUAUUAAAAUAUUCAAAUCAAUGAAGACCCUAUGUCCUCUGAGCUAUUGUGCUUUGUGCACAUAUAUGCCGGUGCUGCAAAGGAAAGCAUUACUAACAUUAGCCCAUGCAUAUAACAGCAAAAAGUUUGUAGUGCCAAUCGAAGUUAUAACACGUUGGUUGAGGUUAUCGAGCAAUAGGGACACAAUAAAGGUGUGCUCCCACUAUGGAAUAAAGACCGAAGGAAACAAUAUCCUCUUCAAUAAGGGGGAGUUUAAAACUGAUGCUUUUUUGCACCAAACCAGUUUAGAAGAUGACACAAUGAAGCAUCUAGAUUUAAGUGUAGACAAUAUUUUUACAUAUAGUUCUUGAAGAUCACAUUGGAAUCUUAAACUAGAAUGUUAAUAAUAAAUAAUAAACAUUAGACAACUGUACAAUGAGUGAUAUCGAAGCCCCACAGUACGCCAUGUAUUUCUUUAUAACAAGCCCCGUGACAUACCUAAUGAUUGACCUAAAUAACUCUCACAAUUUAAAGACUAGAUGAUUUAGGUAGAGUUCCCAGAAAUCAAACUUGUAUGUACACAAUAUAUCAGCUGGUAGUUUUGGUUAUUCAAAACGAAGCUGCACCUAAUUAUUUCGUGGACUAUCUGGCUACUAAUAAGACAAGUGUCUCUCUCUCUCUCUUCAAUCGGUCCCUCAUUGCUGAGGAUCGUGACUCCGUUUGAUUCUGUCAACUAGCUGUCUCCAUCGAUCUGUAGCUUGGUGGAGUGCGUCGCUGACAGAUAUUUUUAAUUCCUCUCCUAUUUGGUCCGACCAUCGUUAGGGACUUCCACCCAGGGACGUCUUAAAUCAGGCUGGGGCCCUUGGACACACAAUAAUUUGAGGCCCUUUUGGAAAGUAAAAAAAGCGAUUUAUAAUAACAUUUUUUUAUUGAGUAUGACCAUUUAUUAUAGGUAAUCAAAUACAGUAUGAUAUAAUGUGUCAUUGAUGAUAUUAGAAUGCUGCUGGUUUUUUGCCUUGUAAAUACCUUCUGAUACGAUUACUGAUUUGUGAAAAAAGUGCAAUGUGCCCAACAAAAAUGUUUUGAGAAUAAAUGUGUCAGAGAAAUUGUCGGUCCUUCAGGGCCCCCUGAGAAUGGGGGCCCUGGGCACGGGCCCCGUGUGCCCUUAUGGUAAAGACGGUAUUGCCUCCACCCCUAGGCUUUUAUCCCUCGAUUUUACUGGUCACCAUAAGGUGUAAGGAAACGAAAAUCUACAUUUCAUGAACGCGCAAUGUAAAGUGAAUGCAACGCGAGAACGUUGACCCCGCGUCAUCAUCUGAUUACAUACUACAACUACCUCCCACAAUUAAGAGAUUAAACUUUUACGUUUCUUGUUAAUGUAUUGUAGUGGCGGGUUUAAUGUAAGCACACCUUUUUUUACCAACUUUCGAUUUACAACCGUAAAAUAUUUAGAAUUAAGCAUAGACAAUGUUAAUGUUAAUAUCAAAAUUAGAACCACAGUAAUUUUUAUAAAAACAUUACUGAUGAUCUCAAUAUUUCUCGCAAAUGAAACAUGACUUCGGAUAUCGAUAUGUUCAACUUUACUAAUUGAAUAUUUCUAAUUUUAAUUUGUUAUUAUUAUUAGAUAUAUAUAUACUUAUAUAUAAUGAUAUAAUGAUGAUUACCAUAUAUAUAUAAUUGUAUGUAAAUAUCAGAUCUGAAAACAGGAGUCGAGUUCAUAAGAAAUAUAAAAAAAAAACGUAAGCGCGUGCGGUCGGGGAAUCCCCAUCAGGACGGAAGUUCCUAAAUUUUAAAGAAAAUUUCGAAUGUGAACGAAGUACUCGCAUUUCGAUUUUGAAUUUUCGUCUUCAACGCUACUGUUAUCAGAUCAUGACUUGUAAAUGUGGUUAUUAUAGGUAAAUGACUACUGAAUUGCAUUGAGAGUUUUUUUUAAUUUGUGUCUAGUUUAGAUCGAAAUUGUUCAAUAUUUUUUAGCUAACUUUUUAAACAACAAUAAACAUUGAAGUAGUUUUUCAUAGCAAGACUGCCUGAAGAGUGUCGUGGUUAAUAAUUAUGUGGAUAAAUAUAUAAUUUUUCAUUAUUAUUUAAUUGAGUCAAGUUCCCGUUUCAUCCCGCAGCGAGAAGCCGUCUAUAAAAUUUUUUUUAUAGAGAAAAAUAAAACUAUAUUUUUUUUUAUAAAGGAAACCUU